AUGUCUUGCUUUGGCGGCCACGAAGAGCAGAUCUAUCUGAUCGAGAUACUGAUCGAUAAAUUGACGUUAACGCCCAAUAAAGUCAAAGAUAUCGGCGAGCAUCCUAUCGUGAUCAAGAUCAAACUCUUAGAUUUACCUGUAUUCGAGAUCACGCGCGACGAUUCGGACGCGUCGAAACGCGAUCAGGAUAUACGUUUCAUGAUCGGCAAAUGCCGCAUGUGCGUAAAGCGACCGCGGGAUCUGGUCCAAGGACUUCGCUCGACGAGCAUGAAGGUCGGCGUGUUUCGCGCGGGUGACACUUAUCCUACAGCGGAGACCGAAUUAACCCUACCGGGUUGCCUUUGCGACCAGAUCGCCAUGAUUAGCAACGAUCCCGAUAAUCAGCCGAAGCCAUUCACGGUGAAGGGCGGCUUUCACCUCUUGGAUCCAGGCGAAAAUCCGUCCGGCACUCUGCACAUGGAGCUUACUAUCGCGUGUCUCGGACGUACUUUUGCGACGCAGUACGAGUUGCGCCCGAAAUCACUCGCUUCCGGCGAGCAGGAUAAGGAACGAGAGAUCUAUGUAAAGCGAUUCGUAUCGCCCGAGCUGCUCGAGGAAAAAAUCCCCAAGGACGUAGAGAUCACUCCGCCAAAAAUUGCCAAAAAACCACCAAAAGAUAAAAAGAAAAAGAAAGAUAAAAAGAAAAAGAAAGGUAAAAAGAAGUAA